GCGGCUGAGCUGCCGCCCAGUUGUUGCUGCGCGCGGAGAGGAGCCGAGCGGUGCCGGGGGGGGGGUCAUCGGUGGGUAAGUGCCAAGCGGGGGCUUCGGCCCCGCUCCCGGAAUAGACGCGCUGAAGUUCUGCGGAAGAAAGGAUCCGGCGGUGGGCGUGCUCGGAGCUGCCGCUGUCCGGGGUGCUCCGCUGGGUUACUCGCGAGGAAGCGCUUGCUUUCUGGGAAACGUCCAAGACUCUCAAGGGAUCCCGCGGGCGCUGGAUUGCAAAGCCGCUCACCGGGGAGAGUGCGGAUCCUAAUUCGGCGGGGCGUUUCUCCAGUGCAGCUGAGACGGGGAAAGCCGCGCGAGGAAAUACAGCUCCGACACCCGGCCAUCUCGCCCUGGGGAAAGGCUUUUUGGCUUGACCAGUCCAGCCGGAGUGCGUGAGGGCUUGGCGCUGAAAGAAGGACAAGACCUUUUAAACAAAAAGGUUUCAUUUUGAUUAAUCAGUCUGGAGCAAGAGGACAUGACUGAAAUAUCUUUUCAGAGGAAAUGUUACCAGCUUGACUGUUAGUAACUCCAAAAAUUCCCAUGAAGAGCUCAGAGAAAAGCAUUUUGAAGUAUAUGCCCAGCAAAGCUCAUCUCAUCUCAAGGCUGUUAUUCGCCUCCCUUCUGCCUCUGUCUAUGAAUUUGGUCAGCCAUGGCUAGAGAAGUUUAUUUAUUGCUUCUUUUAUUGUUCUGUGGGAGAACAAUUUCUGAACGGCAGCCUUUGCCUCAAAUGCCUUCUGAAACUCUAGAUUUUGGGUAUGUUCCCCACAAGAUAUACAACACCAACGCUUACUAUGAGCCUGGAAUAAUAGGGAUUUUGUUCCACAUUGUCCACGCUUUCCUCUGCAUAGUUCAGCCCAAUUAUUUCCCUCAAGAUCUUAUCAAAAAGUUAGCACUGCAGACAUUUGGAAAUAAGCCUGGUGAUUAUCAAAAGGCAGUUUACUAUGAAAUCGGCUUCAUAAUCUCGGCUGCCCUGGGAAUCUUAUUUGUCCUGUUCCUUCCACUGAUUGGUCUCUGUUUCUGCCUGUGCCGGUGUUGUGACAAUUGUGGUGGGGAAAUGCACCAGAGACAGAAAAAGAAUGCCAACUGUCGGAGAGGCUGUUUUGCUAGCCUCCUCUUGGUAGCUACAUUGAUAAGCAGUAUUGGGGUAUUUUUCGCCUACGUGGCUAACCAGCAUCUCACAAGCCAAGUCCGAGGAGCCAAGGGACUCAUGAACAAUAAUUUCAGAGACCUUCAGAUGUUACUGAAUGGAACUCCUGGGCAAAUCGACUAUUUGGUGAAUCAGUAUAACACUACCAAGAAGAAAGCACUUUCUGAUCUUAAUAAUGUUGGGACAUUGCUUAGCAGUCGAGUCUGGGAACAGCUGGGAAAGGAGGUAUACCCUGCUCUUGAUGCUGCCCUUACCAUGGCAGGAGCUAUUAGAGAGACAAAAGAGGCACUGGAGAAUGUGAGUGGGUGUCUGGAAAUGCUACAGGAGGGCACUGAGAAGCUGCACACCAGCCUGAUGGAUGUGAUGGAAGACUUGAUAGAUACUCUUAAUGAUUCAGCUUGCACAGCUACCCAGGCCACUUCAACUUGCAACCUUAUCAGAAAUUCUUUGAAUCAGCUAACCAUUAAUGCUAAUUACAGCAAGUUACCAGGAGUGAAUCCUCAGCUUGCCAAAGUCAACGAAGUCCUUAAAAUAGACCUUUCCAAUCUCAUUCAAAAGGGUUAUGCAGCAUUUAAUGAUACUCCUGAACUGAUACGGGAUCAAACAAAGAAUAUUUUAUCAGAUAUAAAAAGUAUCUUGGAAAAUGUUGGUUCAAACAUCACAGCCUUUACUAAAAAGCUUCCCAUUCAGAAGAUUCUAACAGAUUUCACGGUAUAUCUCACUCAGAGUGAAGCAUAUGUUGAAUAUUAUUUUCCAUUAGUGGAGCAAUAUGAUUUCUACAGGUGGCUGGGCUGCUUAAUCCUAUGCUGUAUGGUGAUCCUGAUUCUGGUCUUUUUCUCUCUGGGAUUAUUAUGUGGUACAUGUGGCUAUGACAAAAAUGCAACACCAACAACCAGAGGCUGUGUCUCAAAUACUGGAGGAAAUUUCCUGAUGGCUGACUGCAAGGAAAAUAAAGGCAUUUAUGCUACACUCCGCUUGGAAAACCUCUUCAAUAUCCAUACAAUCCUAAACGUCAGCAUGUAUGCAGAAGAUGUGUCCCUUAAAAUCAAGAAAAUCAAUAUAAAUUUAAGCAAUAUAGUUUUACUGAGCAACACUGGAAAAGAGAACUUGUUGAAUUUUGGUUCUUCGGGAAUAAAUGAAAUCAGCUAUGCGGCAUACUUGUCAGAGAUUAACAAGAGCAUCACCAAAAUUGAUCUAUUGUUAUAUGCUAAUGAUUUGGAAGCCAGAGCAGAUCAGCUGCCCAAAGGAGCAUUAGAAAACGCUUUGAAAGGACAUGCAAAUACGAUUCGGCUGAUACAUAACCAGCAAGUUGUUCCGUUGGAACAAGGAAUGAGUACUUUAAACCAGAGUAUUCGGUUACUACAGAAAACGUCAUUAGAACUUCCAGAAAAAGUGCGAAGUGUAAUCAGUGCCAUUGAAGCCACUCAACUUCUUAUAAACAACAAUGCUUCAUUUAUAAUUGUCCAGGAAGCUAAGAAAUACAUGGAUACUAUCUUAGGUUACUUUGAGCAGUAUUCAGUAUGGGUGAAGGAUUCGAUUACUACACAAGUAGCAACCUGUAAACCAAUUGCAAAUACGAUUGAUACAGCUGUCGAUAUUUUUCUGUGCAGCUAUGUAAUGGAUUCUUUGAAUGCUUUCUGGUUCGGACUAGGAGGCUGUUGCAUCUUGCUGAUCCCUGCCAUUAUUUGUGCGGUGAAACUAGCCAAAUUCUAUCGCAGGAUGGAUACCGAGGAUGUGUAUGAUGAUUUGGAAAAUUGUAAUAUUGGUUAUCAUAAAGAGCAAUUAUAUGGUAUACACAAUCCAGUUAUGACAAGCUCUGUGGAACAGUGGUAACUCAGACUGGAAUUAUUAACCCUUCUGGAAACAACAGUUUCUCCUCAAGGAAGGCACCACUGAAUCAUCCUGUUUGAAGACGGCACAGCAAACAAAUUUUGCAUAAAAAAAAGAAUUACUGAAUCUUUGGUCAUAAAG